GACAAGAAUAGUUUCCCUCCAACCCAAUCCAAACCAGAAAAAAAAUCUCCCCUUUUUAAUAAUUCCUUUCCGACCCAAGUUGCGUUCGAGAUUGAAUUGUGUCCCCACAAAUCCCAGUAUGCCGACGACAAGCUAACGCAUUUUCGACCAAAAAAGUCGCAAUGAAGGGAAAGGAUUCUUCGCCGGAGGUGCCCAUCACUGUGCACGGGCGAAGCGGGGACGGGAGGGUGGUGGCGGUGGCGGAGGACCAAGCGUUCGGCGAGGUCAGGCCGUUCGGGCGGUGGGUCCCGUGGCUGGUACUAUCGUUCGUGGUGGCCAACGUGGUGAUGUUCGUGGUGACCAUGUACGUGAACGAUUGUCCCAGGAAAUCCGGCUUUUGCAUCGCCAGGUUUCUGGGGAGGUUCUCUUUUCAAACGUUCAAGGAGAAUCCUCUGCUUGGGCCUUCAUCAGAUACGUUAUACAAGAUGGGCGCUUUACAAGUUGCUGACGUGGUUCGGAAGCACCAGGCUUGGCGCCUAUUUACCUGCAUAUGGUUGCAUGCUGGGGUUUUCCAUGUGCUGGCAAAUAUGUUGAGUCUAUAUUUCAUAGGGAUCCGACUUGAACAGGAAUUUGGUUUUGCCCGAAUCGGGAUACUGUAUGUUAUAUCUGGCUUUGGUGGGAGUUUGUUAUCAGCCCUAUUCAUCCAAUCUAGUAUCUCGGUUGGUGCAUCGGGUGCCCUUUUCGGUUUGCUAGGGAGCAUGCUUUCCGAACUCAUUACAAACUGGACAAUAUACGCAAACAAGUUAGCAACACUGUUAACUCUCGUCGUCGUCAUUAUAAUAAAUCUUGCGAUGGGCAUUCUGCCUCACGUGGACAACUUUGCACAUCUUGGGGGAUUUCUUUCUGGUUUUCUUCUUGGCUUCGUGUUUUUUGUUCGGCCCCAGUUCGGGUGGGUUAGCCAAAGAAAUGCUCUUCCUGGAUAUGCAACCACUUCGCUUAAGCAAAAGCACACGAUGUAUCAGUAUGUGUUAUGGGUGGUUUCCGUGAUUCUACUGAUCUCCGGGUUUACGGUUGGCCUGGUGAUACUCUUCCGUGGAGUUAAUGCAAAUAAAUACUGCUCGUGGUGUCAUUAUUUGAGCUGCUUCCCCACCUCGAAAUGGAGCUGCAAGUCGCAACUAGUAUCCUGCAUGAUGAACCAAACUGGGAAUGUACUUGACUUGACAUGCCUGAGCAAUGGGAAAAGCAACGUUUACGUAUUGUCGGAUGAUGAUCCUUCCCUGAUCCAGAGCUUAUGCAACCAGUUAUGCAGUUAACAUCGACUCACAUGAACAGGUACAGGAGCUUUGCGUGAGCAAUAUUCCUUUCUGUACAUAAUUCAACUCUGCAUCAACAGAGAACAUUGUCUCGCAUCCCUUCAUCAAAACAAAAAACAAGGAAAAAAAAACAAAAAAAAAAUAGAAAAGAGAAGAAAGAGUUGAUUCACUAGAACUGAUUUUGACUUAGCUCAGAGCCAUUCGAUUAGCUCAAAGCACGGGCAAAUUAGUACUCAACCCUUGGUCUUAUGAGGUGAACUGGUGAAUGAAUCACAUGCUUGCUUCGACUUG